GCAAGUUACUGAGGGCGGUAUUAUCUGGUGUUAUUUUAAAGUAAGCACUGUUACGUUAAAUAGUGGGCAGAGCUACGCAGAACACCACCGCCCACUGAUGAUUGUAGCAGGUCAUGCGGCCUCCUCUGUUUUGAUCCACGGCUUUGACAGACAGGGUAGAGAUGGCGGAAGACUUUAAGUCCGGGUGACUCUUUCAAGCAACUCUGCUACUGCGAUACAUCUCUAUUGUACCUAACAGGACGGGAUAUUCUCCGAGAAGCUGGCGGCUUUGUACGGCACUCGGUUCCUCCCUGAGGACAUGGAGAUCAGGGCAGAGGGAGAAUCUGAGGAGCGCAGAAAGGAGCACUGGAAGCUGCUGUCCAGCCUGAAGACCACAGUGGAGGGCCUCUUGUCCACCAACAACCCUAACGUGUGGUCGCGGUAUGGUGGCUUGCAGCGGCUGCACAAGGACAUGAACAACAUCCUCAGCCAUGGACUGAGGAAUGAGCAGGUGUACUACAAGCAGAGAAACUAUUGGCCGUUUGUUUGGUGUGUUCGCUACAUCAGCCCACAACUCGCCUCCCAUGUUGAACAGUUCAGGCACCUGGAGCCGGUGCUAAGCACUGGGAUGAAGAGUGCUGGUGAAAGCUACAAGGCUGAGCGUUGGCUGCUUCACAGCUUACAGGUUCACAUGCUGUCAUCGCAGCUCCGACCUUUGCUCAAGCAUCUGGGACACAUGCGUAAAUACUACAAUGAUGAUGCUUUUCUGCUGAGCGAGCCUCAUGUGACCGCCAUGUUCCAGUGCCUGGAAGCUGUGGAGCAGAAUAAUCCCAAACUGCUCGCCCAAGUAGACACUGUUGGGCUGUCCCCUCUGAAGGGCCCACCUUGCCUGGGACUACUGAAGAGCCAGAGUCUGUGUGUCUUGCCCGGAUCUGGUGGGGCUUGGAGAAACGCCGACAAGGCUCCCAGUAGAGAAUCUCUAAGCCGCAGACUCACCACCUCCAACUGCUCUCUGCGAGAAGCAGUCACCACCAGCCAAAACUCUGCAAGCACUACAGCAGCUGGAUCCUCAAACAGCAACAGCACAAACACUACCUCUCAAACCAGCAGCCUGGAAUCUGAAUGGGUGGUUGUCACCAGUCCGGGGGAGAACGCACGAGGUGCGACACCCCCACCUGGCUCAGCGUCCAUCCCUUCAAUCUCAUUAACGGACACAAACUCCUUCCUUCAGCCCGAGGCUGACGAGUACGGUGGCGGCGGUGACUCUGACGAUGGUCCAGAGUAUUUGGCCAUCGGUAACCUCGGGCAACGCAACGAUCGAUGCAAUUCCCAAAGCUCCACCCACAGCAGCGAGCGGGGGGGGAACACGGACCAAUCCCUGCAGCGUUCUACUACACAGGCCCCGCAGAGGCGUUCAUCUUUUUCAGAGGGCCAGAAGGGGCCGGGGAGGGGGCUCAAAGGACACACUCGAUCAUUCUCUGACACGGGGGUCAAUCAGAAACUCAGGAAUGGAGGGGGCCACAGAAAAAUCACCAUAAUAAUAGAGGACCCGGUAGCAGAAUCAGCAGGCGAGGACUGCUGCAUGAAAGACUACAGCCCGUUCUCACCUCAGCACAGUGAUACCAGCACAUCCAGUUCUCUUUACAUGGAGUCUUAUGGGUCCCAGUCCAGCAGUACCUCAGAAGGGAUGUUCAGGAGGCCGUCAGAGGGGCAGAGCCUCAUCAGCUACCUGUCAGAGCAGGACUUUGGCAGCUGUGCAGACCUUGAGAAGGAAAAUGCCCAUUUCAGCAUCUCCGAGUCGCUUAUUGCUGCCAUCGAGCUGAUGAAGUACAACAUGCGGCGCCAAGAGGAGGGCGAGGAGGAAGGAGACAGUGACAACGAGAUUCAGCAGCUGAAGCAGAAGAUUCGCCUGCGAAGGCAGCAGAUCAGACGCAGCCGUCUGCCGCCAUCAGCAAACUCCCAACACGCUUUUCACUCCACUGACAGUGGAGGCUCCAGGAGGAGCUCUCAGGACUCCUACCAGGGCCUGUCUGACUCGGGCUCAGCGGAGGAGGUGGAGGAGUGUGAACUGCGAGAUGGCUGUGAGGGUCAGUCCCUGUUGGCGAUGUCUCAGAACGGCCUCUCCCUGUCACUCGCCUCCCUCUUCUCAGAUGCAGACAUAAAGCACAGUGUAAGCUCCAGCGGCAGAUCUUUUCUCAGCUCAGAUUCAUUCACCCCCUCCUUCCUCCAGUCUAACUCAGCUGAGUCAGUAGCCAUGGGUUUACUCAGGCAGUUUGAGGGCAUGCAGCUUCCUGCAGCUUCUGAGCUCGACUGGCUGGUCCCAGAACAGGAUGCCCCUCAGAAGUUGUUGCCUAUCCCAGACUCUCUGCCGAUCUCUCCUGAUGACGGCGAGCACGCAGACAUCUACAAGUUAAGGAUUCGGGUCAGAGGUAACCUCGAGUGGGCGCCGCCGCGACCACAGAUCAUCUUCAACAUUCAUCCUGCACCCAAGAGGAAGAUAAUUGUGGCUAAACAGAACUACCGCUGUGCUGGCUGUGGCACCCGCAUUGACCCAGACUACAUUAAGCGGCUACGUUACUGUGAAUACAUCGGCCGGUACUUCUGCCAGUGCUGUCAUGAAAACUCUCAGGCUGUGGUUCCCGGCCGGGUGCUGAGGAAGUGGGACUUCAGCAAAUACUAUGUCAGCAACUUUGCCCGGGACCUGCUGAGCAAGAUUUCUGGAGAUCCGCUUUUCAACCUCAACGAUAUCAACAGCGAGCUGUACAAGAAAAACAAAUCUCUGGAGACUGUUCGAGUUUUGAGGAUGCAGCUUUUUCACAUGAAAAAUCUCUUCAAGACGUGUCGCCUCGCUAAAGACUUGUUGGACAAGUUCGACAGCCUGCCGGGUCACCUGACAGAGGACUUUCACCUCUUCUCCCUCAACGACCUCACUGCUGUGCGCAACGGGGAACUGGGUUCCCGAAUGAAAGAGCUGCUGAAACUUGGUACCAUGCACGUAGCCGGCUGUGUGCUGUGCCAAGCAAAAGGCUUUAUUUGCGAGUUCUGCGGGAACGACAAAGACAUCAUCUUCCCUUUCCACCUGAGCAAGUGCCAGCGUUGCGAAGACUGCCACGCGUGUUACCACCGCACCUGCUUCCGCACAGGUAAAGACUGUCCUCGCUGCCAGCGGCUGGCAGACCGGAGAGAGAGGAUGGCACGCAAAAACAUGGAGGAGCAAGAAGAUGAGGGAGGCGGGCCUUAAAGCUGGCAACAGGGGAACCUCAGAGAAAGAGGAGGAGGAGAAGCACAACACGACGAUGAUUGUAGUGGCUGACGGUCUCCCGUUCUGUUCCAGCCUUUGUAACCCGGCCAGACGGCCUUUGCAAACAGCUGAUUGCCUCACAUGCAGGUUUUACUACAUCAGGGCAGCCGCAUCACUCAGAAAGAGCACCAAGGCUGGUGUUGAUUUUUUUCCUAUGAAUCUCUUUUAGACAUGCACUUUACUCUAAGAAUGCGUCCUGCUAGAAUGGUAGUGAUUUUUUAGAAAUCAGCUCCCUGAUUUGGCAAUUGGAUUAGAUUUGUCUGUCCUUUGCUGAUGACUUUAUUUAAAUUUCCUUGUAAAUAUGAACUGAAUAUUCUUGCCAGCAUCUCCGUAUGGUAGUGCUUCUGUUGCUCCAAAGGGAGUUUUACAACAGGGCACCUUUCUUGCUUCAGCUGUGCUGAAUCAUUCCUGAAUUAAUAAAAUCGCUCCGUGUGUGUGAAUGAAAAAAACGUGCUGCCUUACACAGAUGUUUGAUGCUCUUAUGUUGUAGUUUCAUGUGUGAAAACAGCCAAAGAUUCUCGACCUGUCAGAAAGUCCCCAUUUUUCACUUUUAAAUCUUUAAAUUGGGAUUUCAAAACGUUAGAUUUGAAGAGCUGAUCAGUUUCCCAGUUAAGACGGUGUAUUUAAAUAACCCAGGAGUGCUCUCUUCCUCGCUCCUUACUGUCCUGUUUUUAGCUAUUUUACACACAUUUGUGUGGCUCUUGGACAAAGCUGCAUUCAAAAACACUGGACAUUAGAGGAGGUGUUUCAAAUCAGCAUUGAGUUUUUUUUUUUUGUUUUGUUUUUUUUAAAGAAUUGUGCUGCUGCUUUGUGUGCAUUUGGUUACUGGAGAGAGGUGUGUUGUGAGUGUGGGUGCUUGUGUUUAUUUGCGCACACGUCUACCUGCUGUGCGUGUAGCCCAACUGGCACACGGCUGCUCGUUGUAGGUUUUGGAAUAUUGGAGAAGGUUUGGUUAAUUGCACUGAUCCCAUGUUUUUGUUGGAGGGGCCGAUGGUGGGACAUCACUCUUUGAGUUUUUAGAUGUGUCAGGAACAUGAACCCUGAUCUUGAACGGUCUUAAAAGUUCCUGCCGGUUGAGUUUCUCAACAUUGUGAAGAUCCACAAGGUAGAAGAGACCAUUAUCACUUCUUGGGCUAAAUUUAGUUUUUUCUUCCAGCAGUUUGAAAGUGUAAACACGACGGUUCACUGUUUGAACACGGAGUUGUGUGCGAAAGCAAUUUUUCCAAUGGGACUGCUAGCUUGGAGUCUCCUUUAACUGUUUAAACUGACCGUAAGGUUCUGACCACGUAUGAGCGUGCUGUUAUCACCUGUAGCAGAUGAUUAAUUUCAGUAGUUGAACCAAAAAAUAUCUUUACAACUCUGAUCGUUUUAUUUUGAUGACUUUUUUUGCAAACCCAGUAUUGCACAGAGGAAUAGAAAUGUCUGAUUAUUGGCUCUGUUGUGAGCUGAAUUGAUCACAUUUGUAGUCCUGAAGUCCUUUGAUAGACUGGAUAAAACUCCAGUGUAUGUAUCCCAUCUGUAGAUUUGAGUUGUUGAGGUUUUGGGCACAUAAGGAUAAAAUAUCUUUAUUUAAAACUGCCAGAGACUGAUUUUUGAAUUUUGAGAUGCUUUUUAGAAGAAACACUGAACAAAGUGACUGCUGAGCUCUACUGACAAACCUCCAUUUAGAUGAUUAUUACUAUUGGUUUUGUUGCCUUUAACAUGGACGAGCGAAGGAGCCUUACAGUGCACUACAGAUCCAAAUGUAUGCUAUUAAAAAAGUUAAUUAUUAUGAUUAAUAUUGUGUGUUCAUUUGCUUUGGUUCUGUAAUCAUGUUAAUAAUAAAUGACUGGCUAGACUGUUAAUAAGUGUCAUUCUUCACUUGAACUUUUCUUGGUAAAUAAAACUGAAGUCUUGGAAGUUCAUCUGCUAUGUAUGUUCAUAAUUAGUAUUUAAUACAUCAGAGUCACAGCUGCCAAGACCCAGAGGUGGAGGUUUUUCUUUGCCUGUUUUGUUUUUGUGUGAUUGCAAAACAAUAGGCUGGCGCCCCCUGGUGGGCCAUGAAGGUACUUCAGAUCGACUAUAGGAGAUCAUUAACAAUAACCCAUUUUGAACAUUUCCUUCAUACAUGUAAUUUGUAUGCAGUUUAAAUAAAAGAGAAUGUAUAAUUUUUAA